CUGACCUGAAAGAAGGAAACAGUAUGGCGACCACAGAAGACGCUUUGAUGUUAGAAAGAGAUGUGAAAAGAGCAGUCGAGCUCUUGGACAAGUUACAGAAGGCAGGUGAAAUUCCGACAUCAAAGCUAGUAGCCCUGCAGAGAGUUCUGCAGAGUGACUUCUGCACAGCUGUAAGAGAGGUCUACGAGCACGUGUACAAAACUGUAGAUGUUUCAGGAAGCCCAGAAGUGCGAGCAAGUGCAACGGCAAAGGCGACCGUUGCAGCGUUCGCCGCGAGCGAGGGCCACGCCCAUCCGCGCGUCGUCGAGCUGCCGAAGACAGAGGAAGGUCUCGGCUUCAACAUCAUGGGAGGCAAGGAGCAGAACUCUCCCAUCUACAUCUCACGCAUCAUCCCCGCGGGCGUGGCCGACCGACACGGCGGGCUGAAGCGCGGCGACCAGCUGCUGUCCGUGAACGGAGUGAGUGUUGAAGGCGAACAUCAUGAGAAAGCCGUGGAGCUACUCAAGGCUGCCAAAGGUACGGUGAAGUUGGUCGUACGGUACACGCCGCGUGUUCUCGAAGAGAUGGAGAUGAGGUUUGAUCGUCAAAGAGUUGCUCGGCGAAGAACCCAUACUCCGUGAGGAAACUUGCUUCGUGCAAACCGUCCAAAGCUACAUCCGGACUUCUUUUGGGCACCCCGUCAAUGAUUACAGUAGAUGAAUGCAGAAAUCACAAGAUAGCACCCGAAUACAGCCUCCCUGCACUAAUUUUUGCAGUUGUGCCCUCUAACACAGUAGUACCUGUGUUGCUUUAAGUGCAAUGCACGCAAGUGUCAUAUCCCACGCAAGUAUAUAUAUAUACCUCAAGUAGUGAUCACGGUAGAAAUUUUCACGCUGCUGUGUUUGAAGCAAUUUUGAUCAGCAUUACGUACACUAGUCUGAGUGUUUUAUUAUUUAAAUUUUAUGUAAUAUCUGGCUCAUGAUAUUAUAGUUAAAGAUCUCCACCUUUCUCAAGGUUUAUCACACUCGCAUGUUCUGUUUAUGUUCAUGUGGAUGAAUGUUUUAAUAGUUGCUUAAACAUAUCUCUACAUUGGUUCUUGUGUGUAUUACUCAGACUGAAGUUAUUGCUUCUAUACAGAAUAGCUAAAAUGAUUGCAUUUGAAAGAAGAGAUAAUGUAUAGCACCAUCAACAUAUUUAUAAUAUUGUUAUAGAUAUGUUCAUGAUAGCUGUAAUACAGUGUUUGCACAUAUUUUUCACAUAUUUUUGAAUUGUGUUAUUAAUAUGGCAGCUAAACCUCAGUGAUGCGAAUUGCUCAGUGUUAACCUAGAAUUGAUAGCACUACAUCUAUGCACACAUAAUGCGAUAAUUGUGUACUGCAUGAUUAUUUAUGUUAAAUGAGAUUUAUCAAAUACUGUUACAAUAUGAGAAGGAAAUAGCAACACAUUCCCUGAUAAGCACAUGGUUGUAUAUUAUAUAAAAACCUUAAAACUCAAGGGUGUAAGUUUAAUCUCUUUCCAAGAAUACGUGGUUGUAUAUUAUUAUUAUUAUUAACCUACACCU